AGAGCUAUAGUAACGAUGAAAGGGGAACAAUUUUUACGAGCAAGCUGGACACUUUCAUCGUGACAAAUGUUGAAGUAGUCGUGGAAAGUUUUAAACAAUUGUGUUAGAUAUAUAAUAGCCUGCACAAACCAUUAACUUUGAAAUUGAUAUAAAACUAGUCUCGGUGCUUUAAAAUUAAUCUCAGUGAAUGUUUUUAGAGUGUUGAAAACAUACCAAAUUUAAAAUUAGAUUUUAAAGGAAUUUUAUACUUUAAUGUUUGUAGCUUCAAACCGAAUCAGAAAAUUAUCUGUUGUUAAGUGCAAACAUUUUUCGAUAUUUGUUAUUUAUCUCUCUAAGCAUCGCAUUUGCUCUGUAGCUUUGAAUUUCAAUUAGAAUUUAUCUCAGUGAAACAAAAUACUCGUGAGCAGCUAACAGAGGCAUCAUGGCAGUGCUUGGAAUCUCAAUUGUGCUGCUGGCUUCUCUUCUCGGAUCAUCAGCAUCGGGUGACCAAGACCCGCGAUGCGAGGCGCCGUUCGGAAGCUUCCCAGACCCUGCGCACUGCGACCGCUACACCGCCUGCUGGGACGGCCGGGGCUACACGCAGCAGUGCGGUGACGGCAUGGUCUUCAACCCAGUCACCAAGCGCUGUCAGCACGGUCUGCAGUGCCCAGGUGAGGCAUGGUCUUCAACCCCGUCACCAAGCGCUGUCAGCACGGUCUGCAGUGCCCAGUCGUACGUACUUCCUGUGCUGAGAGUACAGCAAGAUAUUGUUCCUGUACUGCGAGUACAGCAAGAUAUUGUUCCUGUGCUGAGAGUACAGCAAGAUAUUGUUCCUGUACUGCGAGUACAGCAAGAUAUUGUUCCUGUACUGCGAGUACAGCAAGAUAUUGUUCCUGUACUGCGAGUACAGCAAGAUAUUGUUCCUGUACUGCGAGUACAGCAAGAUAUUGUUCCUGUACUGAGAGUACAGCAAGAUAUUGUUCCUGUACUGAGAGUACAGCAAGAUAUUGUUCCUGUACUGCGAGUACAGCAAGAUAUUGUUCCUGUACUGCGAGUACAGCAAGAUAUUGUUCCUGUACUGCGAGUACAGCAAGAUAUUGUUCCUGUGCUGAGAGUACAGCAAGAUAUUGUUCCUGUACUGAGACUCGGACUUCGGUCAGGCGCCCCACCUUCAGGCGAGCUGGUGCGCCUCGUGCAGGGCCUGAACGCCCGUGACGGCCGCCUCACGGUCCUCCACAACGGGCAGUGGGCGUACGUCCUCUCCACGGGCCUGCCUGCAGCCGUCGCCCGUCUUACCUGCCGUCAUCUCGGCCACCCAAAUGCAGAGAGCAGCAGUCGCGUGGUGCCUCUGAACAGAGGGGCGAUGCCCAUGGUGGUGAUGUCGUGCCCAGACGGUGCCCAGCUCAUCACUCAGUGCACGGCCCAGACCUGCACAGACUGUGGUCCCAACUCACCCAUUGCAACCAUCAGGUGUAUGCGGGAGUCGUCGUCGAGGUGUCCUGACGGAGGUGUGGGACGGUGGGAGGCCUGGCGGGGCGCCUGCUACCUCGUGAGCAGCGAGAGCCAACACAGGGGCGACGCGGCGGCAGCCUGUCGCGCCCUCGGGGCGAACCUUGCUGAUGUUCAGUCGCAGGAGGAGCACGCGUGGUUGUCCGCUCUGCUCAGCGGCGAGCAGAACGCCACUCACUACUACACCGCCGGGCAGCUCGAGUCUGACCUCCAGUGGCGGUGGCGGGAGUCUCGAACACCGCUCACCUACGCCAGGUGGUGGCACGGCUGGAACAGCACUGCUGACAGCUCUUUGGCCCCCACGGCGCCCCCCACGGCAACCUGCUUGGUGCUGCGCCACGCCUUCCCUCUGACGCCCUCGUCGACCUCCUCCUCCAGCGCCAGCUUCUUCUUCUUCAGCCCCGAGGACUGCCUGGCCGAGCGCGGGUUUGUCUGCAAGGCCUCCAAGAAGGAAGUUGGCUGUCGGGACGGUGCCGGGACAAGUUACGACGGGACCGCCGACAUCUCCAUCUCAGGCCGGGCCUGCAUGCGCUGGGACGACCGCCGUCUCAACAACAUCGGGUCCAGCGGCCGCACGGGCCGCUCCAGCGUCCCAUUCGACCUGGGACUUCUGGGCCCACAUAACUUCUGCAGAAAUCCAGACGCGUCCCCGGCCCCGUGGUGCUAUGUUGCACCUGAUGUCCCUGAGCCUUGUGAUGUGCCGCUCUGUGCUUCACAGACGCUCAUAACUCAAAGCAGCGCCUCGGUGUCCCAGGGCAGGAGCACUACUGGGUCUUUGCUGCGCCCCUUCCGCCCCACCAGGAGCCCCCCGGGGACGACGAGGGCGCCACUCAUCCCCACGUCGUCCAUCUUGCCGUCCAUCCUCGCCAUGAUCUCGUCCACCACCACCAGGAGAAGCAACAGGAACGUUAACAACCCUGUCGUCCAGGCGAGCCCUUCGUCGGCUGUCACCAAAGUUCGCUGUACCGCGUCUCAGCUGCAGUGCGUCAACUCGGACGUCUGCGUGGCCAGGGAGCAGCUCUGCGACGGCGUACGGCAAUGCGCACGCGGCGACGAUGAAAGAGACUGCAGCAAGUUCCUACGCGGCUUCGAGCAGUUCAAGGGCAGGACUCUGCUGCUGCAGACCGUCACAGAGGACGUGCAGACCAACGACCUGGGCGUGUGUGCCAAACUCUGCCUUGACAGACCGCAGUGUCGGGGCUUCGUUCACAACGCGGCAUCUCAACGGUGUCAGCUCACCAGGAUCGGUGUGGCGUCAGGAGCUCUGAAGUCUUCAGCGAGCGAAACUUUCUACGAGCUGACGUCACGUAAAUCAUCGUGCGAUGGUCGCCUUCUGUGCGAUAAUCUACGGUGCGUGCACUCCUCGGCUCGCUGCGACGGCCGCGACGACUGCGGCGACAACAGCGACGAGAAGAACUGCCAGCGUUCCUCCUCUCCGUCCCAACAGUCCCCUCAGUCCCAACAGUCCCAACAGUCCCCUCAGUCCCAACAGUCCCAACAGUCCCCUCAGUCCCCUCAAUAUAAACUGCGUCUGGUCGGGGGAUCAGGGGAUCAUGAGGGUAACGUGCAGCUGCUCGUGAAGGACGAGUGGGGGCACGUCUGCGACGACAGCUUCGGCUGGACGGAGGCGGACAGAAUCUGCCGAGACCUCGGCUACCCCGACGCCGCCGCCUACACCAAGAACAACUUCUUCGCGCGCUCCAGGAAAGAAGCCGCUCGCAGUGGCAUCAGGUUUUGGCUGGACGGUGUCACCUGCUCGGGGCAAGAGGAGUCGUUUUUCCAGUGCCACUCCCGGGCCAUCGGACGCCACAACUGCGGCACCACGGAGGUGGCAGGCGUGGUGUGCCGCACAGCGACCUCCACAGCGUGUGGUGCGGGGCAGUUCCAGUGUGGCCGCCAGCCCACCGUGAGCUGCAUCAAGCGGGCCGAGGUGUGCGACGGCACACCCCAGUGCCCUGAUGGCAGUGACGAGCGGAGGGAGAUGUGCGAGGACGUGGGUGUGGUGCGACUGGAGCCUGGCACGACAGUUCGGGCCCGGGGCACCGAUGCGCUGGGCACGAUAUACGUCAAGCACGCGGGCCGCUGGGGCACCGUCUGCGACGACGGCUUCGACAACGCGCAUGCCCAGGUUGUGUGCCGCAGUCUGGGCUAUGAAGAUGGCUGGGCCAUUCCUUACUCAAGAGCCACCCUGGGACGCGGCACUGGAGCGGUUCUGGUGGAUGAACCGAUGUGCCGAGGCACAGAGCAGUCACUCAACGAGUGUCGGGGCAUCAACUGGGGAGUGUCUGACUGCGAUCACUCGGAGGAUGCUGGCGUCUUCUGCUCAGACCCCGAGACCAUCAGACUGGUAGGAGGGUCAGGCCCGCAUCAAGGGCGUGUGGAAGUGAAGCUAUCGGGCGUGUGGGGCACGGUCUGCGACGAUGACUUUGAUGACUACGACGCCUCGGUUGUGUGUCGGUCGUUGGGCUACAGUCAUGGCGGCAUCGCCCACAAGAUUGUGCGUGUGAGGGUGGAAGACGGGGGCAUCUCCUGCUAUACUGACAGGCGAGCCCGCACUCUGGACCUGCAGGCGGUGUCGACACGGUUGUCGUCUGCGUGUGGGCGCGCAGCUCCCGCAGGCAGUUUUGUCACUGAAAACCUCGCGAAGAUCGUGGGCGGCCGCAUUAUUUCCCCCCGCGAGACUCCCUGGUCUGUCUCGCUCAUGAUCCGAGAAGGGAACAAACUGCGCCACAACUGCGGCGGCGUAAUCAUCUCCGAGGACCUUAUCCUGACGGCGGCGCACUGCUUCAAGAAGCAUCCUAAGCAGAACUACGUCAUCAGGGUCGGUGAACACGACCUGCUUGCCGAGGACCAGGGCCAGAAGGACUACCUUAUUGACAAGCUGUGGGUACACGACGAGUUCGACACCAACAUCGAGUUCAACAACGACAUCGCUGUGCUCAAAGUGAUGAAAGUCAACGGCAGGGCAUUACAGCUGGGCAACGGGGUGGUGGAGGCCGUGUGUCUGCCGGCUGGGGAGGAGCGCAACAAAGAUCUGCGGGGCUGCAGCAUCACAGGCUGGGGGACGCUCACAGAGAACGCCCCUGCCGUGCCUCAGAGGCUACCGCGGGUGGGCGGCGUUGAGAUCUACGACAUGGCGACGUGUACGACAUCGAGCGGCUACGGCAGAUUUGAGGUUACGUCAGGCAUGACGUGCGCCGGUCGUCUUGACGGUCGCGUGGACACGUGUACUGGUGACAGCGGUGGCCCUCUCACGUGCAUCGUGAACGGCAGACACGUGCUUUACGGCAUCACGUCGUGGGGCAAAGGGUGUGGGCAGAGAGGCAAGCCUGGCAUGUACACUAAAGUCACCAAGUUCCUCAGAUGGUUGAAUCAAUUUGUUAGCUAAGUUAGAGCGUGUAAUAUUUUUCAGCCUUACUUGGUUUCUGGGCACGAAAAUGACUUUUUCAACGCACGGGAACCGGAACUCGUGUAUUUCUCUCUUACAGAGAGUCCAACAAACAACUUAUUUUAUGUAUUAGUUUUUUCUAAGAUUGCCCUUGCCCCAGUGGCAGAACAGUAAGAACUUAGUAUUGUCACGCAGUUUUCGUGAAAAAAAAAUGCUCGAGGUUCCAUACUUUUAUGUUACCACAAUAACAUGUCUCCAUUCCAUUGUUAUUUUCCGUUAUCUUUCUAUGAACAUUUAUGACGAACGUCCGCGGCCAUGGUGGCUCCAGCUCGCAUAUCAUCAAGCGUCAAGAUACAAAUCAUCUUAAAAUGUGAUAUUCUUGAUGCUCACACGCGGAUGCUUUGUAAAAAGACUGUCAUAAAGCCAUAAGUCUCUCCGUCUCUCGUCACAUUAAAGUGUAAAUAAAAUAUGUACAUCUUGUACCGGUGUAAGCAUUCCAGCAUCUGUAGCCGCAAGAUCCAGCGUGGUAUAGACUUCGGUUUUCCAUUUAAUAAAAUCGUUUAUACUAAUUGUCCGGAGGUCCGCGAUUUCGAUGUCAUCGUCAACGGUUAUCGUCUUGCCAUGUCAAAAUCAUCUUGCACUCGCAUUCAAGACCGCUUAAAGCGAUUAAUUUGGCAAUACUGAUUAUUAUAUCAUAAUGUGAUCAUAUUUCCUUGAGAUCAUAGUGUAACUUUCAAAAAUGUUUAUAUGUGGCAUGUAUAUUUUUCGGCAUCCAAAUCUGGAAUGGCUCGUAAAUUUAUUUGCACUAUUGUGAGAUUCAAGUGAAAAGCUAUUCUCUAUAGAGAUACUAUCAAGCCCAACAAUAGCUUAUUUGCUCACUUGCACCAUUCAUUGUACCCCCAGCGCUGUUAUAAGAAGCGACAGUACGCCCACCUUCAUUUACGUAACAACUGUCAGAAAAUCUUCAUGAAAUUGUCGAAAAUGACACAGCCUCACAGGAUACGAUCUCAUGGAUGAACUGAAGCCUUCGGUCACGUUCAAAACAAAUGUAUUGCCGACCAUUCAUGAGGAUUUGUCAUUACAAUUUUUUGCAUAUUGAUUGAAACUGCUAUCCGUGUUUAGCGAGCAGUAAUUGUUGAUGCUUUGUAUUUGUAUAAAUUAUAACAUAGAGUCAGUAGGAGAUGUAAAAAAAUGAAUUUCCGGAACAAAACAUUUUUCACGAAAUGUUUUCAUACAGAAGUACGACGAGAAAUUUCAGAAAUCAUUUUUUGUAUUUCAGAUAAAUGAAAAAUAUAAUAAUUGACGUUUGCUUUGAUUCUAGAACAUUUCAAAAUCCAAAUGUCGCAUCGCUGUUAAAUCUCAUGCUUCGAAUUUUGGUUUUCUUCUAACGAUAUUAGAUUGAAGAGUGACUCAAUUUUAUGUCAUUCAAUAGUUAACGAAGCAUUAACGCCAGCUAUUCAUCCAGUCCCGAUCCAUCACAUGUUGCGUUGUAUUCAACAUUCAUCGACUUCUUCCACUGAAUCUGGACACGCUUCUAUGGCUUAUAUUUGAAGUUAUUUCCUAAACAAUGUUCUUAAAUUUAAUUAUUUAUGUACUUAAUUCUUUUUUUCAACAGCAUUCAACUCCAAGUCGUCCGUACCUUAUUUGUAAAGUUUUAAUUCAGAGCGCAGAAUCCGCAAACUGGUCGGGUUGAUUCGCAUUUGUAUCAUCAAUGAAUAUUUAUCAGGCUUUGUGAUGGGAACAGAUUAUAAGCGCCAUCUUUACAGUUCCGAUAAUAAAGGAAGUUAACCUAACUGUGCAGAUUAUGAUUAUGUUUCUGAUUUAAUAAGUUAUACAUAUAUCACAGCUCAAUCUGAAGCGAGAUAGCCCGACUGAAGUAUGCAUGUUGUUAAAUUUUGUGUUAACAUGUCGCUAAACCUUAUUAAUGAUCAAAAUUCAUAAGUUUCAUUUUAGAAAACUGAAAUCGUCCGAAAAAAAGUUGCUGUAAGGCUGCAAGCAGUUUUUGGAUUCAGUAAAUUAUGUUUAAGGCCCAGAAUCUAGGCUGUAGCAGAGGGCAUUUGUUGUUAAGUUUGUAUGGUGCGCAGUUGUGAUAAUAAAACAUUCAACCUUUG